AUGAGCUCUUCCCCUGGCAACUACGCGGCGAUGACCAUUGCGGAGCUCCGAAGUAUUCUGACUAGAAAUGGUGUUAAGGUGCCUCAGUCUAGUAUAAAGAAGGCAGUACUGCAUGUGUUUGAAGGAGUUGGGUCCGGUCGUUUCAAGAAGAGAAUCUUCUAUGGCGAGUCCGCUACCACAAACGCCGUCGAGCUCUGGAGGAAAGAAUCGCGUCGCGGUUCAUCUAAAGGGGAUAGGGGUUCGAGAGUGAGUAAGAGCUCGAGAGUUGGUCGUGAAAGUACUAGUCGACCUACGACGAACUCUCGAGGCUCUGCGGUGACGAGGAGGAGUUCGAGAGCGCGAACUAGCAUCUCAUCUGCGGUUGACAGUGAAGGAACUGACCUAGUAGAUGUAGCUCGGAUGUUCUCUAGUGAUGAAGAGGAGAUGAGCGAUUCGAUGGGGUAUCUCCCCGGGCCGCGACCGAUUUAUUGCGAUGAUAUUACGAAGGAGGAUUGUGAACCAUGCCCUCCUAACGCCGAGUGUCGCGGUCGUAGUAUGGUGUGCAAGCCUUUGUUCAAGCGUGAUGGAGAUGUGUGUGUGAGAGAUGAACGAUUGUAG